CCUCGGUUUCUCCUGUCUUGUGUCAGAGAGGGGAGGUUCUUCCAUUUUUCUACUUUUCCCUACCUUAUAUGCGCAACCUGGGUGUCUGGACCUAAUUCACCUUCCAUUGUUCUUCCAUUUAUCCCCCCCUUCUAUUCAUUCUUUUGCUGGCCGGAACAUAACCAUCCCCCGCAAUAGCCAGCUCCGUCGCCCUCUAAUCUAUACCCUCAUCUUUCCCUGCCACUCCUUUCUACCUCCACCAUGGUGCGUCUGAGGGAAAUCCCCCGGACGGCCACCUUUGCCUGGUCUCCUGGAGCUGCCUCGCCAUUAAUUGCCACCGGUACUCGCGCCGGCGCUGUGGAUGUCGACUUCUCCAAUCAAACGUGCCUGGAGCUCUGGGAUCUCAACCUGAGCCGCCACGAGGCCGGCGGCGAGCUGCAGCCGGUAGCCAAGAUUGACACUGACUCGGGCUUUAACGACCUAGCAUGGACGAAUUCCGAGGAUAACUCCCGCGGUGUGAUUGCGGGUGCUUUGGAGAAUGGAUCUUUGGAUCUGUGGGAUGCAGACAAGUUGCUGAGCGGAUCCAGUGAUGCCGUUAUCUCGCGGACCAAUAAACACUCAGGGGCUAUUAAGGCCCUGCAGUUCAACCCCAAACACUCCAACUUUCUGGCCACUGGUGGUGCCAAGGGCGAGCUGUACAUCUCCGAUUUGAAUGACGUCGCAAACCCCUCUAGACUCGGAGGUACGGCUGCCCGCGCAGAUGACAUUGAGUGCUUGGACUGGAACAAGAAGGUUGCACACAUUCUGGUCACGGGUAGCAGUGCAGGCUUCGUUACCGUCUGGGAUGUCAAGACCAAGAAGGAGAGCUUGACGCUGAACAACAUGGGCCGGAAAGCAGUCAGUGCUGUGGCCUGGGAUCCAGAGAAGCCUACGAAACUGGUGACGGCCACGCCGCUCGAGUCGGAUCCCUUGAUCUGUGUUUGGGAUCUGCGUAACUCUCACGCUCCCGAGAGAACCCUGCGCGGUCACGAGUCCGGCGUCUUGUCGCUCUCCUGGUGCGCCCAGGACCCCGAUCUGCUCCUCUCGUCCGGUAAGGACAACCGCACGCUCUGCUGGAACCCCCAGACCGGCCACGCCUACGGCGAGUUCCCCGUUGUCACCAACUGGACCUUCCAGACGCGCUGGAACCCUCACAACCCCAACUUCUUCGCCACUGCUUCGUUCGACGGAAAGAUUUCUGUCCAGACUAUUCAGAACACCAGUACCGAAACUGCCCAGGCUAUUGCCGACCAGAACCAGGCCCUUGAUGGUGAGGACUUCUUCGCCAAGGCUCAGACUCAACCCCAGGUCUCCAGCUUUUCGUUGCCCAAGGCUCCCAAGUGGCUGGAAAGGCCAUGUGGCGCGACUUUCGGUUUCGGAGGCAGAGUCGUCUCGGUCAACUUGGUUGAGAAGGGCCAACGUGCGUCCAAGAUCAAGAUUACCCCCUUCGAGGUUGACGAGGCAGUCGGAAAGUCCACCGAGACUUUUGAGAACGCCCUCAAGGAGGGUGAUCUGCGCAACAUUUGCGAAACCCGGGCUGCCGACGCCACCAGUGAGGAAGAGAAGGCUGACUGGAAGGUCAUUGAGGCUUUGAUCUCUGCGAACCCCCGCAAGGGUCUGGUUGAGUAUCUUGGUUUCGCCGACCAGGCUGACGAGGCUGCUGAUAGCUUGGCCAAGCUGGGUUUGGGCAAGGAGGAUGAUGACGAGGCCAACGAAGAGGAGCCUAAGGAAUCCCGCGGGUCGGGAGCCAAGAAGCACCGUCGUUUGCAAUCGGUGUUCGACACGAACGCGGAUGGGGACAACUUCCUGUCUGAUCUGGCUGCUUCCAAGGGAGCGAAGACCAACAACCCCUUCCACAUCUUCAACGGAGAGGAGACCGAAGCGGAUACCGGCAUCACCAGAGCGUUGCUCCUUGGUGACUUCGAGAAGGCUCUCGAUGUCGCGCUCAAGGAGGAUCGCCUCUCGGAUGCAUUCAUGAUCGCCAUUUGCGGAGGCCAUAGAUGCAUUGAGAAGGCCCAGGAGCACUACUUCUCCAAGCAGACCAACAGCCCGAACUACGUGCGCCUGCUCGCAUCUAUUGUGGGCAAGAACCUUUGGGAUGUUGUCUACAAUGCCGAUCUGUCCAACUGGAAGGAGGUUAUGGCAGCUCUCUGCACUUUUGCCGACGAGAAGGAGUUUGCUGAUCUCUGCGAUGCUCUGGGUGACCGCCUGGAGGAGGAGCUCCGUGGCUCGGAUGACAAGACUCUUCGCAAGGAUGCUUCCUUCUGUUUCUUGGCCGGUUCCAAGUUAGAGAAGGUUGUCGCCAUUUGGAUCGAGGAGCUGCGUGAGCGCGAGCAGAAGGCCAUUGAAGCCUCUGCUGACGACUCUGCUUUCUCGAUCCACGUCCGUGCUCUGCAGAGCCUGAUUGAGAAGGUGACGAUCUUCCGCCAAGUCACGAAGUUCGAGGACACCGAGCGUUCCAAGGAAUCGGACUGGAAGCUCAGUACGCUGUACGACAAAUACAUUGAGUAUGCCGACGUUGUUGCUACCCAUGGCCGGUUGCAGGUCGCACAAAAGUAUCUCGAUCUUGUGCCCGAGAAGCACCCCGAAGCCGAGAUUGCCAGAAACCGUAUUCGGUUGGCAAUGAGACAAGCUGCUCCUCAGCGGGCACAGACUGCAACCAGCGCAGCCGCCAGGCCAAACCUCAACAAGCCUCUUCCUCAGCCCGCUUUGGGUGGAUACCAGCCCACGAGGACCUUCUCGCCGGCGGCGCCUGCUGCAGUUCCCAGCCCUUAUGCUCCUGCUGCUCCCGCUGCUGUCCCUUCAAACCCGUAUGCUCCUCCGACUGCUGCGCCAGCCAACCCUUAUGCUCCUCCGACUGCUGCGCCAGUCAAUCCUUACGCUCCCCCGACUGCCUCCGCAUCGGCCCAGCCUACGAACCCAUACGCUCCUCCCACCGCAGGCGGCGGCUACACUCCUGCCGGAUAUCAACCACCACAGGCCCCUACCUAUGGUGCCCAGCCUCUCGGCGGAACUGUGCCCCCGCCCCCACGCGCGACCAACCAGUCUCCGGCCAACACCAUUACCACGUACACCACGGCAACCAACCUGCCUGCGUGGAAUGACUUGCCUGAGGGGUUCGCCAAAGCUCCCACGCCACGCCGUUCUACCCCUGCUACCACUACCUCCGCACCAAUCAGCGCUCCGUUCCAGUCUCCUACCCUCGCGCAGGGCCCUCCUCCCCCAGUCGGAGCACCCGUCAGCCGGACGCCCUCUGUGCCCCCUCCGCCCAAGGGCGGCGCCCCUGCCCCUAGAAUGAUGUCGCCGCCUCCGGCCGUCCCUACCCCUUCGUCGAUGCCUCCUCCGCCCAACCCCUAUGCUUCCCUGCCCCAGUCUCCGCCUUCGGCCAUGGGCGUGCCGGCUUCACUUCCUCGAGGACCUUCGCCGUACAACGCACCUCCUACGAUGCCACCACCCACCAACCGGUACGCACCGAGCCCGGCUGCUCAAGCCGCCAGCCCCCAGCUGCAAACGCGGGCGCCUGUCCCUCCCCCUCCGCAGGCCGCCGCCUCUCCGUACGCCCCUUUGCCCGCCAUGCAAUCCUUGGUAGGAAACCAGUAUGCCCCCAGCACGCCUCCGCCGAAUGUCCCACCGAUGCAACAGCAUGCACCACCCCCGCCCCAGGCCGUGGGAUCCCGACCCGGCACCGCCUCUUCGCAGAAAAAGCCUGCCCCGGCCGCACCGAAGUAUCCCCCUGGUGACCGCUCCCACAUUCCUGCCGACGCGUUGCCCGUGUACGAGAUCCUGUCGGCCGACAUGCAGCGGGUGAAGUCGCGCGCCCCGUCCUCAUUCAAGGCGCAGGUGGACGACGCGGAACGACGAUUGAACCUCCUGUUCGACCACCUGAACAACGAGGACCUGCUCAAGCCUAAUACGGUUGCGGACAUGGUGCAGUUGGCCCACGCGAUUCAAGCGCGCGACUAUGAGACUGCGCGCUCGAUCCACGUGAACAUCAUGACGAACCGGACGGAUGAGUGCGGCAACUGGAUGGUUGGUGUGAAGCGUCUGAUCAGCAUGAGCAAAGCCACGCCGUGAGGGUAGAGUAUGUGACGAUCAUGAGUUGUAUGUACUAGGCAAGAGAUUUUGAUAAUUGUUUGACUGUACUGGACUUUUGUCCCCUCGAGCCGGUUGGUUGUUCCGGGGUCUGCUUUUAUUUUCCCGCUGUCGAUGUUAGUAUUAUGUUAGUCUGGUCUUUAGUCAAAAGAAG